GAAGCCCGAGAAUGGGGUUUUGCAGAGGGUAGACCACGAUCCCUCUGCUGAGCACACACCCUGCUGAGCACCCAGAAUUGAGCAGUGCAUGAGACAGAGUGUCUGCCCUCAGGRGGCUUCCAGUGGGGAGCCAGAUAAAUACGCCAUGUCAUUGCAGCAGGACACGGGAUAAACAAGGCCAGCAAAAGGUGGCCUUUGAGGAGGGGCCUCUGAGGAGGGAUGAAGCAAGCAAUCGAGCUGUGGAAGGAAUUGGAGAACAGCCGUUGCAGACAGCUGACAGCAAGUGCAAAGGACCCGAGGCAGCCAUAAGCCUGGUUGCCUCCACUUUCAGACCAAGGACCCUAGAGGAUGGAGGCCUCGGGGUGGUGGCCGCUGGUCACUGUGCUCGUGGCUGCAACUCCUCUUCUGGCCCAAGGAGACUCGGAGCUCACGGACCGUGGCCCCCAGGUCAGCCCUCCCAGGCCGGCCCUGCCCUGCCACAGAAUUUCCGUGAGCAACAUCGACUUUGCCUUCGGCCUGUACAGACGGCUGGCACUGGACGCCCCUGGAGAGAACCUCCUCUUCUCCCCAGCGAGCAUCUCCCUGGCCUUGGCCACAGUGUCCCUCGGGGCCCCGGCGGCCAGCAGGACCCAGCUCCUGGAGGGCUUGGGGUUCAACCUCACCGUGAUGUCCCAGGCCGAGAUCCAGGAGGGCGUCCAGGACCUGCUGCUUAGGCUCCCCACGCGGGACUCCCACCUGCUCCUGACCACAGGCCAGAGAAGCUUCCGCAGCCUGGGCCCCGGGGCCACCCAGAAACACAUCAAGGAGUACGUGGAGGAGCAGACGCAGGGGAGGCUUGGGGCCUGGGUGGAGGACCUCGGGGAGGAAGCCGCUGAGGUUCUGGUGAAUCACGUGGCUCUCAGAGCUGAGUGGGCACAGCCCUUUGACCCCGGGGCCACCAGCCUGAGAGAGUUCUUCCUGGACGAGCGCAGGGCCGUGCAGGUCCCCAUGGUGAAGCAGAAGGCCAGCCACCGCUUCCUCCACGACCCCGAGCUACAGUGCACCGUGCUGCAGAUGGACCACGCCGGGAACGCCACCACCUUCUUCGUCUUCCCCAACCGGGGCCAGCUGGGGCAGGUGGAGGAGGCCCUGCUGCCCGAGACGCUGAUCAAGUGGGACAGUCUGCUCAGGACCAGAGAACUCGACUUCUACUUCCCCAAAUUUUCCAUUUCCAGCACCACCAGACUGGAGAUGCUCCUCCCACGAGUGCCCGUGGGCGGAGGCCUCCCCGGGCAGCCUGGACUGGGCAUCUCUAGGGUGACUCAUAAGGCCACCAUGACUCUGGAGGAGAAGGGCUCAGAGGCUGCGGCCGCCACCAGCAUCCAGCUCACUCCCAGGCCCCACCCUGACCGUGCGCCCCCCACCCCUCCAGCCACUGGGUUCAGCCGGCCCUUCCUGGUGAUGACUUUCCACACAGAAACGGGCAGCGUGCUUUUCCUGGGGAAGGUGGUGAACCCGCUGGGGUAGAGCUCUGCACCUGCUUGGGUGACUCAGAGCCAACAGAGAGGAGACACGGAGUCAUCUGUGAAGACAUCCCGUGACAUCAUCAGGUUGUCUGAGACUGGGUCUCUUUGUCUGGAAGUGAAAUGGGAACUAUUUUGCCUCAGUGGAGAGGGCGAGACCCCUUGGACAGUUUCACGCAGCCACAAAGAUAACUCUGGCCCACGCACCACGACCCUCUGUUGCAGAAUCAAGUCUAACGAGAAGCRGCAGAUGUCCAGCUCACUGGCUCGGUUUUCAUGAGUAUCCACAGGUGCAAAGAAUAAGAGGAAUCCAGGCCCUGCCCACCAUGUGCACACAGGCAGC